GAGAGAGAGAGAGAGAGAGAGAGAGAGAGAGAGAGAGAGAGAGAGAGAGAGAGAGAGAGAGAGAGAGAGAGAGAGAGAGAGAGAGAGGUGGAUGUUUUGUCAGCCGCACCGAGGCGCUGAAAUUGCGUAAGAAACGCCUAAGAGUGCAGGGAUACGUUCGGCCACAGCUAGCGGAGUGGAGGGCGUGCCGUCAGAACGAAUGAGCUGGAAGGCUUUCCACCAUAGCUAGCAGAGUGGAGUUCAAUGCGCCAGUCUUCUAGCUGAAGGACUGUCCGAACCGCCGUGGCUAGUAGACUGGAGGACAACCCACAAGGAGGACGCCAACUUAAAGAGGAUAAGGAUGACGCUAGGGUUUGGGCUUCCCACCAUAGCCAGCAUAGUGGACAGUCCAAUGCUCCAGCCUGAUAGCUGGAGGACUGCGGGGACCACCAUAGCUUGCGGACUGGAGGACAACCCUGGGCCCCACCAUAGCCACGGAACAGGGAGGAAGCCAACGUGGAGACUCUGGAGAGGUUCGGAUGACGUUACGUGUUGUGAUAGCUGCUGAGUUCGUCUGGCUCUGCUCAACUCCGUGUGAUCAUUUGCAGCUUGGCGCGCAGUGUAGUGUGACUAAUAAUUUUUCCCUUCUCGUUCGCAAGCGCUGCCCCGCUACGACUAUUCAGGACCGACCAUUUUGAAUUUUGAUUUUGUUUUUGUUUUUGUAUUUUUAGUUUUUGUUUCUGUUGCAUGCAUCAACUUCUAUACGUAACGAAAUGCAAAGUUGAUUUGUUAUUAUUAAAAAAAAAAAAAAAAAAAAAAUGGCAAGAGGCGCAAGUGGCAUGAGGACGUCUUGGGUUCAAUCCCCAUUGGCCUCAUAUACCUUCCUGCGCAAGCUUGGGGCCCGCCACGUAGAGGCAAGUCGUUGGUCCCCUCGGGCGACAUUGACGUGAGCACAGAGAGCUGAUCUUCGUAGGGGGAGGGGACCGGAGGGGAGGGUCAGCGAAUGGCCGACCCAAGAAGCUUGGUCCGGAAUCUACCGGCUGACCCCUGUCGGGCCUGUCCAUUAUCUCCCACCUCCCGGUCGGGUGCAGCCCCUCAGGCUGCAUGUUCGUUCGUUGGAGGCUUGAACUCGGCCUGGAUGCAACCGGGUCCCCGUAGUACUAUUCUAUAAUGAAUGAUAGUAGAAGAA